UGUCACCUACUGGAACUGCCACCAUCUGGCCACCUACCACAGGAGAAUGGAAGCACCUGCACAGCCUGGAGCAAUGGCACAAGCAGCUGGUGCAGGGCCCGGGACCAGGACGUCCCCCGAGGUCCAGCCGCCACUGUCCAAGGAGGGGCGCGGGGAGAGGCUGGUGGAGCUUCACACGUCGUUCAGGGAGCUGUUCACCUUCUUCUGCACCAACGCAACCAUGCACGGUGCCAUUCGCCUGGUCUGCUCCGGCCAGAACCGCUUCAAGACAGCGUGCUGGGGGCUGCUGUUCCUGGGCGCACUGGGCACACUCUACUGGCAGUUCGGGUUCCUCUUUGAGCAAUACUGGCGCUACCCAGUCAUCAUGACUGUGUCUAUGCACUCAGAGCGAAAGCUCUUCCCUUCGGUCACUCUGUGUGACAUGAACCCACACCGGCCCAGCCUAGCCCGCAGCCAGCUGCGGGCACUGGAUGCGUUUGCCCAGGAGAAUAUCUAUGCUCUCUACAAGUUCAACUUCAGCGCAAGUGGGGAUGCCCCCUUUGCGGAGGACCCUGGCCGAGAGCCUACCUUCCAGCUGGACCGUGCUGUGGACCGUGCUAUCCGCCUGCAGAGAUUGAGCAGCCCAGGCGGCCAGAACAAAGUGGGCUUCAGACUGUGCAACAGUACUGGGGGCGACUGCUUUUACCGAGCCUACUCAUCAGGCGUGACGGCCGUGCGAGAGUGGUACCGCUUCCACUACAUCAGCAUCCUGGCUCUGCUGCCCACCGACCAUGAGGACAGCCACCGAAGCCAUGGCGGCCACUUUGUCUUCUCCUGCCACUAUAAUGGCCAGGACUGCCAGGCCCAACACUUCCAGACAUUCCACCACCCCACCUACGGCAGCUGCUACACCUUCGAUAGGGACUGGGCCGCACAGCGCCCAGGCAUUACCCACGGGAUUAGCCUGGUCCUCAGGGCUGAGCAGCAGGACCAGCUGCCGCUGCUGUCCACGGAGGCCGGCAUCAAGGUCAUGGUUCACCAGCGCAACCACACCCCCUUCCUGGAGCACCGCGGCUUCAGCGUCCGGCCAGGGACUGAGACCACCAUCGGCAUCCGAGAGGACGAAGUGCACCGGCUCGGGAGUCCCUACAGCCAUUGCACCGACGGCGCGGAGGGCCUGGACGUGCCGCUGCUGUACAACACCUCGUACACCAUGCAGGCCUGCCUGGUCUCCUGCUUCCAGCAGCUGAUGGUGCAGACCUGUUCCUGCGGCUACUACUUCUACCCCCUGCCGGCGGGGGCUGAGUACUGCAGCUCUGCCAGGCACCCGGCCUGGGGCCACUGUUUCUACCGCCUCUACAGAGACCUAGAGACUCACCAGCUUCCCUGUGCAUCCCGCUGCCCUAGGCCCUGCAGGGAGUCUUCAUACAAACUCUCUGCUGGGACCUCCAAGUGGCCUUCCUCCAAGUCAGCGGACUGGAUGCUGGCCGUGCUGGGCCACUGGAGCCCCAGCGGGAGCACAAGCCCCAGGAGCAAUGUGGCCAAGGUCAACAUCUUCUACCAGGAGCUCAACUACCGCACGGUGGAUGAGACGCCUGUUUACUCGGUGCCGCAGCUGCUUUCUGCCAUGGGCAGCCUCUGGAGCCUGUGGUUCGGCUCAUCCGUUCUGUCUGUCCUGGAGCUGCUGGAGCUGCUGCUUGACGCCAUAGCCCUCACCGUGCUGCUCGGCUGCCGCCGGCUCCGCCAUGCUCAGGGGUCCCAGCCAGAGCAGUAACAGGCGUCCCACAAAGUCAGAGGCCAACCAGUUGCCCAGUGACUGCAGGCAUGAUGUCAAAUGCCCCAGAGCCUAGCUGGCGAUGCUUCAAGGGCUCUGGCAGGAGUCUCAGCUGAAGAGUGAAGCCAAGAGUGUCCCCCAACACUCCUGACACCUGAACCAACGUGAACUUAGUCUGAUCCUGGGAGCUGUAGCAGCAGCGGGCUCUCCUGGCUGCCCAGCCGGCCAAGCCAAACCCAGGGCCCAGGAAGCAGCAGCGCUGGCAGCCAAAGGGCUGGCAGGCAGGCACUAGGGUGCCCAGCAAUCAGGGCCUCUCAUCAGCCCAGCCACCCUGCCCAAUGGUGGCCUCACAGUUCUCAAGGAGGCCAGGGCAGGAAGGAGUGUUUCCACCACUGGACUCUCAUGUCCCGGGCAUGACUGAGCAUCUGUGCAUGUGAGUGUGCAUAGGAUGAGUAUGCACAUGCAUGUGUGCAUGCACGAGUGUUUGUGCAUGUAUGUGUU